AUGAGUGAAAUAGGGCACUCAGGAACCCGUUAUUCAAGUAGAGAUAAAUCAAAGAGAGUUAUGAUGAAUUCCAUGGCAGAAGCGGCAGGAGAAUACGAAUACACUACCCUAAAGCAACAACCGAUUCCAGAAUUUGGAUCUAACGCUGAGGUUUCAAAUCGCAUUGACCAAUCCGAUGGUAUGGUGAACCAAUUUUCUGAUAACCCAAACGCAUUAUACGAUGAAACCACAUUCACAGGAGAUACCACUUCCCAAGCUGGUCUGACUGAGCAGACCUCAUGGCAGUCAUCUGGAUACAUCUCAAUGUCAGAUGAGGGCCUGAGGCAGAACGGAGACAUACCACACGAUCACCACGACCAUCAUCUUAUGGCUCUUCACUCGCAAGAUGGAUUGGGUUAUGUGCAACCCUUUGAUAUGUCUGCCAGCAUGGUAGGCGGCUACGUCCCAGAUACCCACGAGCUUCUCCAUCAGAAAAUGCUUGAUGUCAGUCAACAAGACGUCCUUCCCUCUCACUCGAUGCAAAUGCCUCUUGAAACAAACGUGAUGCCAGAACCUCCGAGAAGAAUGCUUUCCAAAGGUAGGAAGAACAAAGAUGAAGCCAACGAACUGGUCAGGAGAGCGAAGUUGCUGCCAAAGGUGAUGGGCGUCAGAUACGACGCAAACCACCAAUACUGGGUAGCAACGUGGUACCAGAACCGAAAGAGAAUGGACAGAUAUUUUUCAGUAGGAAGGUUCGGAUUUGAGGAGGCGAGACUUCUUGCAAUUGACUGCAGAAAGACAGCCGGAAAGAGUCUCCAAGGAAAGAGCUAUGACAGACCCUCAUACUCGAAGGAAGGAAAGUCGCGUUCCUACGAUUCAGUGGAGAAACAUUCUGACUACUACAACUCAGAAGACAUGAACAAGAAGAGCAAGGACUUCAACCGCCUGAACGUGUCGAAGGUUGCCCUUAACUACAUUCUAUCUGACCUCUGCAACAACUGUCUUCCAACUAUCCUUGAGAAUAAUCACAUGCCAGGAGAGUUAUACAUUCACUGCUACAACAAGAUCUCCGAUCACCUUCAGAUGAUAAUCACAGCCAGCCAAUCUGAGGAGAUUGAGAAGUAUCUUCACCUCUUUCAGCUUUGUAUUCAAAACAGGGUUCUACCAAGCGCCCUCCAGGUCCAAGAACAGCGCGCAAUGAUCACCACACUCUGCCAGAUGUAACUUGGCCUAAUCCAUUUAAAUUCAACUCAUAUCCACAUAAAUAUUUUUCCACA